GUCUCCAUGGCAACAGCUUCUAGUGUCGCUCAUCCCAAGAUGGCGGACCAGGAGGCAGCCGCGGCGCUCCCAGUUUCUACUGAAGCCAAGAAACGACGGGCACCCAAAGCUCCAGACCUUCCCAUUGUGGAGAGGAGGAACUGGCUCAUCCACCAGCACUACAUCCACAAAGACUUUGACACAUGCAAGAUGAUCGUCAAAGAACAACUGCAGGAGACAAAUGGAACGUGUGAAUAUGCCAUAUAUGUUCAAGCACUAAUCUUACGUCUUGAGGGCAAGAUCCAACAGUCCCUGGAGCUGUUUCAGAGCUGUGCCAUCCUUAAUCCCAGCAGUGCUGACAAUCUGAAGCAAGUGGCCAGAUCCUUAUUUCUCCUGGGAAAGCACAAAGCAGCCAUUGAAUUCUAUCAUGAAGCUGCAAGGCUCAACGAGAAAGACUGGGAGAUCAGUCAUAAUCUGGGCGUGUGCUGUUUCUUCAUCAAAGACUUCAAAAAUGCUGAGGAGCAUCUGAACAUGGCUCUUCAGAUAAAUAAACACGACAAGACUUUCAUGAUGCUUGGGCAGGUCCACCUGCUGGCUGGAGAAAGUGACAAGGCCAUCGAAGUGUAUAAGAGAGCAGUGGAGCACUUCCCAGAGAACACUGAACUCCUGACUACUCUCGGCCUGCUGUUUUUACAGCUUGGGAAAUACCAAAGAGCUUUUGAGCACCUUGGAAAUGCCCUCACAUUUGACCCCAACAAUUAUAAGGCCAUCCUGGCUGCAGGCAGCAUGAUGCAGACCCACGGGGACUUUGAUGUGGCCAUGAACAAGUACCGGGUGGCAGCCUGUGCCAUGCCCGAGAGCCCCCCUCUCUGGAACAACAUCGGCAUGUGCUUCUUUGGGAAAAAGAAAUAUGUUGCUGCCAUCAGCUGCCUGAAGCGAGCCCACUACUUGUCUCCUUUUGACUGGAAGGUGUUGUACAACCUGGGUCUGGUGCACCUGACCAUGCAGCAGUACGCCUCGGCCUUCCACUUCCUCAGCGCAGCCAUCAACCUGAACCCACGGAUGGGAGAACUCUUCAUGUUGCUGGCAGUGGCUCUGACUAACCUGGAGGAUGUGGACAAUGCCACCAGAGCGUAUGAACAAGCUGUGACUCUGGAUGAAUCCAGCCCCCUGGUGAACCUGAACUUUGCGAUCUUUCUCUACAAUCACGUUGACAAGAAAGGAGCCCUGGAUCAGUACCAGGAGAUGGAGAGGAAAGUCAACCUGCUUCGAGACACCAGUAGCAACUUUGAAUUUGAUCUGGAGCUGAUGGACAUGGCUCAGAAGAUGGGAGCUGCCCUGCAGGUGACAGAGAGUCUGGUGUGGACCAAACCAGGAAAAGACUCCAAAUCAAAACCAAACUCGGCAGCAGCCACCAGAACCCCCGGCACUGCCCUCGGUACUAACCAGGCCCUGGGUCAGGCCAUGUCAUCUGCUGCGAGCUACAACAAGAACCUCCAGCUGCAAGCGGGCCCCUCCAUGCCCCUCGAACCAGAACCCGACGUGGACAGAGCCCCGAGCCCCCCCACUGAUCCGCCGGGGUCUCCACUGCCUGCGGAGUCCGACAACCCCAGACCCAAAAGCUCCAAAAGGAAAACUAAGGUGGAGGAAUGAAGUCACUCGGUGGAUUCAAUGUUAUUUGACGUUCAUAUCAAUCCACCAAUAUCGUGUUAUAGAGCAAAUUCUUAAACAGCAGCCAAGCUUUUUGUGGUUUUCCAGCUCAUUGUGAAGACAUGAAGAGCUACAGUCUUUUUACAGUCUUCUAAUUUAGGAACAUGACGCUGUCAUUUACUUUACAUUGACAAAGUCAACAUGCACUUUUGUCGUCCCGUGUAUUUCAGGAAUAUUGAAUGUAACACUGAUACAUUGCUCAUCACUUUUUAUACCAAAAAUCCUGAGAUAACCAAGUCUUUCUUGUAAAUCUGUAGAUGUGGCAGCUUCGGUGCAGAACCAGUUCAAAUAGAUGUUGCGGUUAAUGGAUGUCUGUGUUUGACAAAACGCUAAAAUGUACAUAUGUGAAGUUGUAUUUGUUAAUACCUGGACGAGUUUAGCAAUAAGGGUAAAUUAAGUUUUUUGUGAGGAGGGAAUCAGUCAUUUGAAGAAAAUGCUGCGACAAUCACUGCUGCACCCUGAAGGCAGAAAGAGACGUGUGUGUGUGUGAAUAGAUACAGGAUCUUGCUUGUUUGUACGAUAGGGUUCUUUAUGAGAAUGAGUGUAAAUAGAGACACAGGCUUUUUCUAUGUAGAUAAAUGUUAUGUUUAUAGAGUAAUGUAUUUAAUAUUAAAGAGGGAGAGUUUAAAGGAAAUAA